AUGAGCGACCUGAAGCGCGCAGCGGUACCUGGUAGGUACGAGUACAUGUACAUACCUUACGCGACCACGGCCCUCCGCCAGAAAGUAGCCCGGCUCUGGCAUAGCCCUAGACGGGCAGGUCCUGAACCCCCUAAGAAGCACCGCACGGCAGCUGUCGAUUCCGCGUUUACCUGGACCUGGAACCUGCAGUGCACGGAAUUGAUAUACCUGUGCCAGUGGACAAAUGAGCAAUGUACCCGUACAGGGCCCCGACCACCCGCUGGCGUCACUCAACACGGGGCACAGGCACAAGCACAAGCACCGCCCAGCUAUACCGCUACGGGGCAUCAGCAGCAGUGGGCAGCUGUCACAGUCGCAGCACAGUACGAAUCAGGUACUUGCACCUCCAACCGCGUUACGAGUACCCGCUACUUUGCGUCGCGGACUCUCAAGUACCGCUACUCCGUGGCCAGCCAGCCAAGUGGAGGCUUUGCACCACACCUCACCUCUCUUCGCUCGCUGACCUGCAUUCACAAGUUCCCCAUCCAGCAGCAACGGCUUGCGGACGGCUUCUCGACGUUGUUCUACUUCGUCGGCCCUCUGUUUUGUCAUCACCAUUCUUUUCUUUUCUUCUUGUUCCUUUUCUUCUCCCGCGCCUGUUGUUUGCCUGCCUCUGUCCUGCGAGCCGCCGCCCCAGACGCCUCGAGAGCAAUUCCCUCGACGCCCGUCCGCGAAACCCCCUUUUGUGUCUUCAAUCGCUCGUCCUCCAGCUUUCCCCGUCUCGACAGCGGCUCGUCUCGUCCUCUUCGCGAUACCGUCUGCCUUUGCCCGUACCCGCGCCCUCUUCACCGAGUCUGGGCCCGCGUCUUUGCCGUCGCCGAUUCUUUUCCUGCCGCCCAUCCUGUGGGCCCGCAAAGCAUCCAUUCAUCCAUUCCUCUCUUCUCUUCUUCGUCCGUCGUCAAGAGACACCAACACGCAAGUCCUUGCGCUAUCCGGAUCCUGACUCCUCUACGACCGCUUCCCCUUCUCGCCUUGCACAACCCGCUCCUCUGA